UCGUCCUCCUCGAGCUUCUUCUCCAAAACACAACCCAUGUGGUACCUAUGCGUAUUUUACCACAGACUUCUCGAUUACAGAAAACCUGAAUUCGAGUCUUUGGCCGAUCUGUUCGGAGCUUUCGGGGACAAGGGGAGCUCCGAUCCCCAUUCCCAGGACAAGGCUCUACAAUGGCGGCUUCCUAAAGGUCACCACCCUGAUUCCCCUUUCCAUUUCGUUCAUUUACCUUCCGAAGAUAUCGCCAGGAACAUCGCAAACCGAAGUCUACUUGUGAAGGGAAUUUAUGAACUUUGGGGUGAAGGAAAUGACUAUGAAGAACUUGAAGAAGCCGUGAAAAGCUAUCCAGAUGACCGGAAGUUGCCUUAUUUGACGCCUGGAUGUACAUUCAAGAUUACUGUUGAUAGUUUUGGGAAAGUAUUGAGCCUUCAGGAACAGAAUGAACGGAUUCAGGGGUUCUCUUAUAUCCCCUUCAAGGGUCGAGUUAAUUUAAAGAAUCCUGAUCACAAUUUUUGGCUAAUGGAAACUGAUGCACAUGAAACGAAUAAUGGGCUUCCACCAGUCGUUCAAAGGAGAAUAUUUUUUGGCAGGGAAGUUGGUGUAGCUGGCAGGAAACUUAUACCCAUGUAUCAAUUGAAAACUCGAAAUUACCUUGGCCCAACAGCAAUGGAUGCAGAAAUCGCUUUCUUAAUGGCCAAUCAAGCUCAGGCUGCGCCUGGGAAACUUGUGUAUGACCCUUUUGUUGGCACUGGGAGCAUUCUUGUUUCUGCAGCUCACUUUGGAGCAAUGACAAUGGGUGCCGAUAUCGACAUUAGAGUAGUGCGUGAUGGUCGUGGUCCCGACUGUAAUGUCUGGAGUAACUUCAAACAGUAUGGAUUACCAAUGCCGAUUGGUUUAUUGAGGGCAGAUAACAACCUUCCUCCUUGGCGUCCUGGAUUAAAGGAGAUGUUUGACGCAAUAAUUUGCGAUCCCCCAUAUGGUGUUCGAGCUGGUGGACGUAAGUCCGGGGGUCGAAAAUUGCUCAAGGGGAUUGUUGGCCCUUACACCGUCCCAGAUGACAAAAGGGCAGACCAUAUACCGUCAACUGCUGCUUAUACCUUAGUUGAGUGUGUGCAUGACUUGCUUGAUCUUGCUGGUAGGAUGCUCGUAAUGAAUGGCAGGCUCGUGUUCUUCUAUCCCGUGUUGAGAGAAGAUGGUUAUGUAGAGAACCAUUUCCCAGAACAUCCUUGUUUCAAGUUGGUUGCUACUUCGGAACAGAUGCUCAGCUCGAGGUACAGUCGUGUUUUGCUCACCAUGGUGAAGACAUCCUCGUACACCGAGGAAGUCUCUUUGGCAGCUAGGAUAAAGCAUUUGGAGUUCAAGGAGAAUCAUCUCAAAUGGUUAGAAAAUGGUAAUCUCCAUUCUUCUGUUUUCAGUCCGGCAGACACCGAAUCAGGUGAUUCAAAAGCAAGUAAAGAAUCAAAACCUAAAUACAGAGGGAAAUAUGUCUAGUUUUACUCCUGUUUUGGGCUAAUUAAAGGACUAUGAACUCUUUUCCUAUGGUUACUCAUCUGUCACUUAUAUUUUAUUUCGAAUGAUCGAUAAUUUUUCAU